UUAUAAAAGCAAGCAGCAUUCGUACAAUCAAGCGAAGAAAGAAAUAAGCCAAGUCUAAUCACAUUAUUGGCUCUCACAACUCAAUCAUAACAUCAAACUUGCAAAAUGGAACUCCAAAUAUUGGUUUCUUGGUUACUUUUCUCUGCAGGCUUCAUUUGGUUCUUAUUCUUAGCCAUAAAAACACAAUCCAAAUCCAUAAAAACACCUUCCUCUACCACCAACACCACAAUUCCCAAAUCUUACCCCAUUUUCGGUUCUGCUUUUUCUCUGCUAGCCAACUUCCACCGCCGCGUGCAAUGGACCUCCGAUAUCCUCCAAACCAUCCCUUCCUCCACCUUCGUCUUCCACCGCCCUUUAGGCUCCCGCCAAGUCUUCACGGCUCAACCCGCCGUGGUGCAACACAUUCUCAAAACCAAUUUCCUUUGCUACGGCAAAGGUCUCACGUUUUAUCAAUCUAUCAAUGAUUUCCUCGGCGACGGAAUCUUCACAGUAGACGGUGAAGACUGGAAGCAUCAAAGACAAAUCUCCAGCCACGAAUUCAACACUAAAUCCCUCCGCAAAUUCGUUGAAACAGUAGUUGACGUCGAACUCUCCGAUCGCCUUCUUCCUGUUCUCUCCGAAGCUUCUAACAACCAAACCACUCUUGAUUUCCAAGACAUCCUCCAACGUUUCACGUUCGAUAACAUUUGCAUGAUCGCGUUUGGAUAUGAUCCAGAGUAUCUCCUCCCUUCCCUUCCUGAAAUACCUUUUGCAAAAGCCUUCGACGAAGCCUCGCAACUCAGCAUCGAGAGGUUGAAUUCAGUGAUUCCAUUACUAUGGAAAGUAAAAAAAUUCCUGAACAUCGGAACAGAGCGAAGGCUGAAAGAAGCAGUUGCAGAAGUAAAAGAACUCGCCAAUAAAAUAGUUAAGAAUAAGAAAAAAGAGCUUAAAGAAAAAGCAGUAUCGUUGGAAUCAGUUGAUCUUUUAUCCAGAUUUUUAAGUUCGGGUUAUUCGGAUGAUUCAUUUGUUAUUGAUAUGGUAAUAAGUUUUAUUCUUGCUGGGAGAGAUACAACUUCAGCUGCACUCACAUGGUUCUUUUGGUUACUCUCUAACCAUAGUCAUGUUGAGAAUGAGAUUCUCAAAGAGAUUACUGGAAAAUCAGAAACUGUUGGCUACGAUGAGGUGAAGGAUAUGGUUUAUACUCACGCGGCGCUAUGCGAGAGUAUGAGGCUAUAUCCUCCGCUUCCGGUGGAUACUAAAGUAGCGGCGCACGACGACAUUUUGCCGGAUGGGACUUUAGUGAAGAAAGGGUGGAGAGUGACCUAUCAUGUAUAUGCUAUGGGAAGAUCUGAGAAGAUAUGGGGACCGGAUUGGGCUGAGUUUCGACCGGAGAGGUGGUUGAGACGGGAUGAGGUUGGCAAGUGGAGCUUUAUUGGGAUAGAUUAUUAUAGUUAUCCGGUUUUUCAAGCUGGGCCGAGGGUGUGUAUAGGGAAGGAAAUGGCGUUCUUGCAGAUGAAGAGGGUGGUUGCCGGGAUUAUGGGGCGGUUUAGGGUGGUUCCGGCGAUGGUUGAAGGGAUUGAGCCGGAGUACACUGCGCAUUUUACCUCAUAUAUGAAAGGUGGGUUCCCGGUAAAGAUUGAAAAGCGAAGCCACUUAUAUGAAUAAAAAGGAAAUAAUAAACUAUGAUUUUGAAAUUUAAAUUACUUUUCUCUUGGAUUUUAUUCUUGAACUAUUUUAAUUCAUCAUGCUAGUCUAGAUGUAGCAUUUUCGUUACUAAAAGGAGUAAGUACAUGAUGAGUUAAGAAUAGUUUAAAAAUUAUUUAUCAUUUUAAUCAUUCAUAAUUAUAAAUUAGAGAGAAUGAUAAUUUAAAGAUCAGAUUGAUAGUUUAUUCAAGAUGAAAAUAAAAAAUAGCUGUUACAAAUUUUAAAUGGGUACCUUUAUUCCUCAUAUUUUGUUAUAGAAUGAAUCCUAGACUACUCAUAAUUUGAUAAAUUUAGCAAAUUUGUAAUUUUUAUAUGACAAUAUGGUGUAAGGUCAUGAAAUAUUAUAAUUUAGAUGAGUAGGUACAAAAUUGAAGUAAAUGAAAAUUUAAAAAGAAA